AUGAGCUCUAAGUCGGCCCACGCCAGGGUUAUUUGGAACGGCGUGGACAGUUUCAGGGUAUAUCAUCGCGACCCGCGCCAAGAACCACGAGUACCGCCGCUACCUCUUGCCGUUGAGCGGUCGCCGCAUCUGUCUGGUUCUACACCACCCACCCGCCCCAUCUCGCGCAUUGAGUAUGUCGCACACAUCUCUCGCGGCAAGGUGCCCUGCCAAGUCCCGGAGGAUGGCGGAAUUGGCAAUGCAGACUUCAAUGCGGGCAAAAAGGUCUCGAAAUACGCCUACGAAAUCCUGGAUCUGUGGAGGCUGAAGCAACCCAUCAGUCUGAAGCUGGCUAUCUCGAAUGGCCUACUAAAGGGUCCGCCGCAGAAGUAUUGUUGUGUACCCCUCGCGCUCCUGGAGAGCUGUCCGAUGGACACACAGGAGCAUAUAAUCUCGAGGGCGCCGCAAGAGACCCCUGUGGAAGGAGAGAUGAAGGACUAUGUUCUCCCGGAGGAAUCCAAAGAAGCGCCCAGCUCCUAA